CGCAGCCAGCUAUCUUCACUUUCCUAUCUCUUUACACUCCAAUCUGUCCCUAUUUAUGAUGUCUUCCCUUGCCAUGGAUUUCUAUUCUAACCAAGCCAAACCAACCACCUGAAACUUCAAUAACAUAGAUUGCGGUUCUCACUUCUUUCAUGUCCGUUAGUGAGAAGGAGCCUUGUAAAUUUCAAUCACCCACGGCUGCCAAGCCCCAACCGAAGCACAAGACCAAGACCGAGCGCGUCUCCAAAAAACGUGCCGGUGAUCAAGACGACACCCCGUUUCGCGGGGUACGUAAGCGGAGGUGGGGGCGUUACGUGUCGGAGAUACGCUUACCGGGUCAAAAGACUCGGAUAUGGCUGGGGUCGUUUGGCUCACCAGAAAUGGCGGCCCGAGCAUAUGACUCGGCCGCGUUCUUCUUGAAGGGUGAGUCGGCUAUACUUAACUUCCCCGACUUGGUUGGGUCGCUUCCCCGGCCACAAUCGUACUCCAGGAGGGACAUACAAUCCGCUGCGGCUAAAGCGGCUUUGCAGGAACCGGUUGGAAACCGAGACAGGUUUGAACCUAGUGUAAAUACUGUGUCGGAUGAUGGUCCCGAAUGCUUCGCUUGGUGGGAUGAGUUGGCGGUGUUGCCGUUUGAGGAAGUGAAAGGAACUCCUUUACCCAGCCCUAUGAGGUUUCAUUCAGCGGAGGGAGAGCUGUGGUCUUUCAUGGAUCACGAUGACCUCUUAACUUCCUGCUUUGAGUUUUGAGUUGUAAAUAUAAUGGUAUUUCAAUCUUCCUUAUCCAGUUGAUUGAAUUAUUAAAUUUAAUGGACAAGAUUAGAAGAA